GGGGGCGGGGGCGGGGGCGGUGGGACUCUUCUCGCUCCCCGCGGGGGCUGCGCCGGGGUCGGGUGUGCGGCCGCCUCCUCCUCCUCCUUCGCCGGGGUAAGCGCCGUGUCCGUCCCGCUGCCCUGGGGCCGUGUCCUCCGCCGCGUCGCUUUGUUUUCUAGGAUUGGCAAAGAAAAAUGCUGUCUCAGGAUCCCGUCAAGUAAGGUGCCUUAAUGUCCCGCACCGUGAGCAGUCUGAGUCCUUGCCAGGCUUGGUCAUGCAACCGCACUCCUGUUUCCUGAUCAAGUGAGUUAACUGGCUGCUCCCUGGAGGAACAAACCCAUGAAGAUACUUAUUCUCACCACCUUGAGGUAAGUUGCAGCCUUGCUGAUGAGACUUGGAGGAGUCAGCAGGACUUGUGAAUUGACAGCUGGUGCUGCAGGGACAGUAGCGAAGCUGAAAAUAAAUGCAGUAGGCAUAUUGCAGUGCUUCUGACAGUGAUAUAAGAAAGAAUUGCUCCCGGGAAGAGAAGCCUCCCUGCAAGGCCAACCCUGAAGAUGUGGACUGCCAUUGCAUUCUUCCUGCUGAUUUCCUUCUGUAUAUGUGAAAACCGGUUUUCUAUCCUGAAAGGGAGAGGAGUCCAUGUAGUGCAAAUAAACAGGCUUACAACUGAAAAGCAAUGCAGGCAGGCUUGUCAAAGCCCAGGUGCUUCAGGUAACCAUCACUGUAAUUGGUCUGUGCCCUACCAGAAUCACUGCAUCCUCUUGCAGUGUCACCAGCUGAGCAUGUGCCAGAAUGCUGGAGAACAAGACAUCAAAGAUCUGCUUGGAGAAAUUGUCAGUGGGAAAAGGGAAACAGUCCUGUUUCACCACCAAAGCUAUCCACAGAAAAAGGAGAGGAUGGUGAACGCAUGGGUUGACCGACGCAAUGUGGAAAACCUGUUUUCCUCAACUGCUUGGACUCACAAGAUUCACUUGAGGAAUUUGCUCGAGGUUCGGAAGGAAGAUGGAGCAGCAAGUGCAAACAAAACAAUUGCAAGCAAUGCUACCACCACCACAGCGACCACCACCACAGCCACAGCCGUAACAACAAACGUUACAAAUGCAACUGCCCUCGCGACAGCUUAUGAGACAGCUGCCAAAGCCUCAAAUGCCUCUGGAGAUUCUGAUUUCCUUCCUGAAAAUACAUCAUCCACUGCCUCUACUCCCACUUCUGGUAACAUCCCUGCUUCCACUUCCAGCCAUUUCACCGAGCUUGUGACUGCCACUGAAAAAUCAGGAAAUAGUAGCUCUGUCUCAGUAUCAUUCCCUGCUUCUACUACUUCUCCCCUCACUGUCAUUUCUGAAGAAAGUGCUCAAAUGGCUCAAGCCAGCACCACCACCAGCACUCCCCUCUCUAGUAGCCCCACCAGUGUUCGACCUGGCCUGACGACACCGAAUGCAACAUCGACCACCCUCAUCCUGCAGGAUGCAGGAAUAUCUUCUGCUGCUUCCACUCGGGCCACAGCACUCACCCCCUCAGACACUUCACACUCUGCGAAUCCACAGCUGCCUGGAGGGCCAGAAGCAAAUACAGCCACAACAUCCUUGAGUAAAUUAACUUCUCUUCUGGGCUCUACAAGAGGUGCCAUGGUUUUAACUACUGCCUCUACAGCAGAAGUUACAACCAGGCAUGGGAUAAAGUCAACAUAUCACAGUCUUUCAACAACCACAGCUUCAGCAGAUGCACCCAGAACAACAGCUUCAGGCCUUGCAGAAACUCGGGACAUGGACAAUGACUAUCUUCUCAUUGCUGCCGAGCCCCUAACUCAGUACUUAGUGGAUAAAAGUUUGCUUCUUGCAGUGCUUUUAGUUGGUACUUUUUUUUUCAUAACUGUUAUAGUUCUCUUCCUUAUGCAGGCCUAUGAGAGCUACAAGAAGAAGGAUUACACACAAGUGGAUUACCUGAUCAAUGGAAUGUAUGUGGACUCGGAGAUGUGAAAAGGCGGGGAUAAAGCAGUGGGCAGGGAGAUGGAAAGGAGAUUGAAAGCCUGCCUGACUGGUUUUUCUUUCCUACUUGCCUAUAAAACAAAUUGAAAGUGCUUCCAAAUUUACUUCUGGUGCAAUUGAGGAGAAAUGCCAUGUACUGUAUUAAGGAAAAAAAAAAUGUUUUUAUUCAACCAUGCAACAGGUUAAUGUAAAAAAAAAAAAAUUUAAAAAAUUCCAUAAUGCACAAUAGCUUUGGCCAUUAUUUUUCAUUGCAAUACAAACCUAACAAGGGGUAAGCCAUCAUCCUUGGAAAAUGCUGUGGCACUUUUUCAACUGUUUACAGUGCAAGUUCCUCGUAUUUCAUUAGUUUCACUUGUGCUCCUCUGAAAACAGAGCAAAGGAUGCUCUCAUCCUUUGCAAAGUUGUCUGAAAUUGCCAGAUGAGAAGUGUGGAGUGUUGCUGCAACAGGGAACUUUUAAUCCAAUGUGUGUCAUGUCUCAGUAUGCUUCUUGCUUGUAGAGAGGUCUGUUUACAAGGUAUUGUAAACUCUGUUUACUGCUAACCCAAGAUAUCUUUUCACCAUGGAGUGGAUUACAGUGCCUCUGCACUUAAAUGAUCUUAUUUUUCUAUUAACUUAAUAAAUAGGGCCCUGGAAGGGCAUAUCUGGUUGCA